AUGAAGCGUCUACGUUUUUCAACAACUAUUCACAAUAUCAGCACAUGGAAUGUUCGCGGCAUGAACAUAGGCAAACUCGAAAUCAUCAAGCAAGAAAUGCAACGACUUCAUAUCGAUCUGUUGGGCAGCAGCGAGCUUCACUGGACGGGUAAUGGAUAUUUCAAAAGCGAUGAAUACACCUCAGCAAAAGCCGUAUACUCUUUUAACAUUGCUAGCGAUCGAAUUACAUCCAUACGCAUCACUGGAAGCCCCCGCUCAAUCACGGUUCUACAAGCAUAUGCACCAACAGCAGAUGCACCAGAGAAAGACAUUGAAGAUAUAUAUACCAAACUCCAAGAAACAAUCGACCAGAUCCCAGCUCGUGACAUAAUCUUUGUGAUGGGAGAUUUUAAUGCGAAAGUCGGAUCAGGUGAAGACUUGCCUGCCGUCGGCAAAUUUGGUCUUGGUGAACAAAAUGACGCAGUAGACCGCCUGAUCCAAUGUUGCACAGAAAAUCGUCUCUCAAUCAUGAACACCUGGUUUGAACAACCGAAACGAAGGCUGCACACUUUGACAGCACCAAACGGUAUACAUCGAAACCAAAUCGACUACAUCCUAUGUCAUCGCUGCUUGGAAAGCUCAAUACUAGCAACGAAAACCUAUCCAGGCGCUAACUGCGGCUCCGGCUUACCUGUUAACAUGCAUUUAAUUAGAUGA